AUGCAAUACUCCCUCACAGCAGCCGCCCUUGUGGCGUCCGCCACUCUCUGCCUUGCGGCCCCAGCUGAUAUCAGCAAGCGCUCGAGCUUCGUCGUCGACCAAGUCGCUGCUGGCCAGGUACUCAAGAGCGGCCCGAUUCAGAUGAUGCAAACCUACAAUAAGUACGCCAAAGUUGGUGCCGUUGCACCUUCAGCUGUAGUCGAUGCCGCUGCUGCCGCGAAGCAGAGCGGCAGCGUCUCUGCCAACCCAGAGCAGUACGACCAGAGCUACCUCUGCCCUGUAUCUGUUGGUGGACAGACGCUCAACUUGGAUUUCGAUACUGGCAGUGCUGAUCUCCAGUCUAGCGGACACGCCAAGUACAACCCAAGCACUUCUGGCACCAAGAAGAGCGGCUACACCUGGAAGAUCAGCUACGGCGAUGGCUCUGGUGCCGGCGGCACCGUCUACUCUGACAAGGUCGUCGUCGGUCCAGUGACUGCCACUUCCCAGGCCGUUGAGGCCGCCACCUCGGUCUCUGCUCAGUUCACCCAGGACACCGACAACGACGGUCUUCUCGGGCUGGCUUUCAGCAGCAUCAACACCGUUCAGCCUCAGCAGCAGACUACCUUCUUCGACACCGUGAAGAGCUCUCUUGCCUCCCCUCUGUUCACUGCCGACCUAAAGCAUGCUGCCGCUGGCUCGUACGGCUUCGGCUACAUCGACAGCUCGAAGUACGUCGGAAGCAUCACCUACGUGCCAGUAUCCACUGCGAACGGCUUCUGGGAGUUCACUGCAGGCGCCUACGCCGUCGGCUCUGGCAGCUCCAGUGGCAGCAUCGGCGACGCCAUCGCUGACACUGGUACUUCACUCAUGUACAUCCCCACCGCUGCCGUCACCGCCUACUACAAACAAGUCUCCGGCGCCCAGAACAGCCAGAACGCCGGUGGCUACAUCUUCCCCUGCAGCUCCACCCUGCCGAACUUCAAAGUCACCAUCGGCGGCGCCACCUACACAGUCCCGGGCAGCUACAUCAACUACGCACCCAACGGUGACGGCACCUGCUUCGGUGGCAUCCAGGCGAACACUGGUAUCGGUUUCACCAUCUUCGGUGAUGUUUUCCUCAAGGCUGUCUUUGCCGUCUUUGACCAGACUCAGAGCUCGCCACGCUUGGGUUUCGCGAACCAGUAG